ACUCGUCAGCCUCCUCCGUCUUUCUUCAUUUCUUUACCGCUCAUUCGUUCAUUCUUCCUCUAUCUCUGGCUGAGAGCACACUGCGGUGGAAAAAAUGGCAGAAACCUUCGUCGGCACGUGGAACCUUAAGGAGAGCAAGAAUUUCGAUGAGUACAUGAAAGCCCUUGGUGUCGGUUUUGCGACACGCCAAGUCGGCAGCAUGACCAAACCCACCACCAUCAUUUCCGUUGAUGGUGACGCCGUCACGCUAAAGACAGUCAGCACCUUCAAGAACACAGAAAUCAAGUUCAAGCUGGGAGAGGAGUUUGACGAGACCACAGCAGACGACCGUAAAGUCAAGUCAUUGGUGACCCUUGAUGGGAACAAGCUGGUCCACGUUCAGAAAUGGGACGGCAAAGAGACGUCUCUUGUCCGAGAAGUUGAUGGUAACAGUCUCACACUGACACUAACUCUUGGCGACGUGGUCUGCACACGAUCCUACGUGAAAGCAGACUGAAGUUUCUCCCACAACUGUGUUUGUUCCUACUGAAAAAACCUUUGCCUUGUCAAGUGUGUUUCCAACAAUUUGUCAAUAACUCAUGUUCCAAAAAAACACAAUAAAACCUCAGCUUACAUCCCCAAAAA